AAUAAAUCUUUUAUUAAGUUCGCUUUUACGUUGAUACACUGAGGAUAGAUACUGAGCUCUGGGGAGCAAAGAGAACUGUCAAAGCACCCACAUAACAAGAUUAUUUUGAGUGUAGACCCGUGUUACAUGGAAACCACAGGCAGCUAAGAGAAUAUGCAGAGUCACUAUGAGAGGAGGUGUCAUAAUGUAAAGCUCUGACAGUAACACAGAGCCUAAUCCAGCCAUGGCCUCUUCCAUGCUGCCCGGUGUCUUCUCCCUGAGCCCCUUUGAGCUCUUGUACUAUGCAGCCUCCCUGUGCGCCCUGUACCUGCUCUACAAAGUCUCCAGUUUUUACCUGGGACAGAAGAAGCUGGAGAGAGUGUUCAGCGCUUUCCCUGGCCCGAAACGUCACUGGCUGUAUGGCAACGUCCAAGAGAUGAUACGAAAUGAUUACAUCAAUUUGGACGUUGUGAAUAAAUAUGCAAAGAAUUUUGAUUGUGCCUUUUCCAUGUGGCUUGGAAAUUUCCAUCCCUCUCUCCUUACCUAUCAUCCAGACUAUGUGAAAGCCGUUCUAUCCAGGCAAGAUCCAAAGGACAACUUUGCCUAUUACUUUAUAACCCCAUGGAUUGGGAAAGGUCUGCUGGUGCUGUCAGGACAGAAAUGGUUCCAGCACCGAAAACUGUUAACACCGGGAUUUCAUUAUGAUGUUCUGAAGCCGUAUGUCAGAUUGAUGUCCAACUGCGCUAAUGUCAUGCUGGACAAAUGGGAGAAACUGGUCCCAGAUGAGAAACCAGUGGAGCUUUUCCAUCAUGUCAGCCUCAUGACCCUGGACACCAUUAUGAAAUGCGCCUUUAGCUACGAGAGCAAUUGCCAGCUGGACAGUGAAAGUGAAUACAUCAAAGCUGUGUAUACGUUGGCUGAGCUGGUGGAAUACAGGAUCCGCAGCUUUCAGUAUCACAAUGAUUUUAUUUUCCAUAUGAGCCCAAUUGGAUUCCGCUUCCGGAGAGCUCUGAGAAUAGCGCACGGACACACAGAUAAAGUCAUCAAACUGAGAAAAGAAUCAUUGAAACAGGAGACGGAGCUCGAAAAGAUCAAACAGAAGAGACAUUUGGAUUUUCUGGACAUUCUGUUAUGUGCCAAGGAUGAAAAUGGUCGUGGACUGUCUGAUGAAGAUCUGCGGGCAGAGGUGGACACCUUCAUGUUUGAGGGGCAUGAUACCACGGCUAGCGGAGUCUCCUGGACAUUGUACUGCUUGGCUAAAUAUCCGGAGCACCAGGAGAAAUGCCGGGAGGAGAUCAGAGAGGUCCUGGGCAAGCGGACCACAGUAGAGUGGGAUGACCUGGGUAAGCUGCCAUACACCACCAUGGUUAUCAAGGAGAGCAUGCGUCUCUACCCACCUGUACCAGGAAUUUCUCGUGAACUUAAAGAACCAAUCACAUUCUUUGAUGGGCGGAGCCUGCCUAAAGGUGCUGAAAUCUUUCUCAGUAUAUAUUGUAUGAACAGGUCUCCAAGUAUGUGGGAUAACCCUGAGGUUUUUGACCCACUGAGAUUUUCCCCCGAUAAUGCAUCAAAAAGACAUUCACAUAUGUAUGUUCCCUUCUCAGCUGGAUCAAGGAACUGCAUAGGACAGAACUUUGCUAUGAAUGAGAUGAAGGUCGCCCUUGCUCUGACAUUACCGAGAUUUGAACUCAGUACAGACCCCAACAAUGAGCCAAUAAAGAUCCCUCAGCUCGUUCUACGUUCUGUAAACGGCAUCCACAUAAACCUGAAGAAAAUAGAAAGAACACCAUAAAGCCAGAAAACUUCAAUCUCUCCGAAUCUGUAGUGUCAGUAUUUUGUAUGACUUCAGUUUGUAAGACUAAUAUGUCUUGUAAAUAAAGAUGAAUGUUUUGCACAGUU